GCACGUUAAGCCGUUGGUCCCGGUAGCAUCGUUUGUCGUUAGCACCCACCAAUCCACACAAGGCCCGCGUGGUGGGUCACGGCCCAUAAUCUCCCUAUUCCAUCCAUAAGGACUUCCUGUGCCGCAGCAAUGGGUAUAUUAAAAGGGUGAUGAUAAUGAUGUAAGUAUGUUAAGUUUUACAGUAAUCAGUGUAAUCGUAUACUGGACUGCGAUUAAAAAAGUUUAAGAUCUUAAAAGCUACAAUGAUCAACUGAUAUGUCAAUUUAUUAAAUAACUAGCUGACCCGGCAAACUUCGUACCGCUUACAAUAAGAGAAUGCCUUAACUUUUAGCUUCAUUUAGUUCAGGAUUAUAAAUCAAAUUCAAAUAAAAAAAAAAGAAAGAUCAUCUAUGGCGGAAUUGUUCCCCUUAAAAAGUCCGCGACAGCAUAAAUGUCCAGCUUUUAUGUUUGGCUCAUCUAUAUCCUUUUGCCUCAAAUUAACGCGGGUGAAGCCGCAGUGGACUUUUAGUUGCGACAUAACUGUAAUAGUUAGACAUAUGGUAUCGCGAACUUUUUUAUAUAUUGAUGUCUGCUAUAAAACUUUAGUACAUCACUUUGCUCUACUGUCAAUGAAUUCCGUAGUGUAAGCGAUAUAAGAUAGUUUUUUGUUUUUUUUUACACCCUGGGUUACGUUAUCGAAGUUUUCAUACGUAACCCUAACUUUUAUUGAAAAUACUCUAUCUAUGUUCAUCAGGGAUAAUGUAGGAUUCUAAACGUGAAAGAAUUUUUCAAAUCGGUUCAGUAGUUUCGGAGCCCGUUCAAUACAAACAAACAAACAAUCAAAUCAUUCCUCUUUAUAAAAGAUUCACUUAUAAAAAGUAUAGAUUCUGUUAUUCGGGGUAGAGAGAAAUUGAAGAAAUCAGUGCUUAUUAAAAAUCGCUUUAGCCGUUCUUCAAUUAAAAGUGUUCUUACUAACACGGCUUAGUUUUACAUAUGUAGGAAGGCCAAAGGGGAAGAUCUUCCUCCGAGCUGGAUGAUGGUAGCUCGGGGGCCGCGACCCGACUGAUAUUGGUCGGGCAUCAUAUAUAUGAACUGUUGUCUACCGAAUUUUACUUGCGCGAUGUAGGCUUCCUUACGUUGUGAACGCAGCGCCGGUAGUGCCAUCUCUUGAGGAGGCGUAAGAUUGUUUCCUCCAUGUUAGUUAUAUGCGGGGCGUGUAGAUGUCGCCACCACACAUAUAUAGAAAUCUAUAAAAUACGAGGAAUUUACAAUCAAAAUAUUAAACAAAGUAAGCUGAAUAUAAAACCGUUAAACGCUAUAAGUAUUUACAUUUUCCUGUUGAUAUUACAAUUCAGUAAUCACUGUUUUCCUAUAAAUAAUACUCGGUUAGGAUUAUUUAUUUCCAAAAAGGGGCGAUCCCGUCUGUCAGAAGAGUUCAUAUAAAUAUAUAUAUUUCAUUACGAUAGUAGUAUACAGACUACUCAUUUUCAAUCUAAUAGGAAGAGGAGGAAAGAUGGACUUGGGGCUUCUCAACAACCGACAACGAAAACAAAACACACGUUAGGCUGUCUGAACCUCACAACGUCACUGAGAAUUCUGUCUCAGAAGAAGUGAAUCCAUGCGAACUCCAGCCUCCAAAAAUGCCCGACUUCCGAGCGCCGGGUCGUAGGAUAAGUCACGUGAAAUGUUUGGAGUAUAUUUGGGACAUCAAAGAACGCGAGGAUAAAAAUAUAAGCCAUCAUCAAUGUAUUAUAUAUAAUAGUAUAAAGCAUGGGACCAUCAUACCGAAGGUGUCUGCUGCUAUUGGUGGCCGACUGACACUGCCCGGGGAGUUUCCACACAUGGGUGCCAUCGGCUGGAAAUCGUCUUUGGGGCAAUGGGUGUUCAAGUGCGGUGGUUCUCUCAUCAGCAGCAAGUUUGUGUUGACCGCGGCGCACUGCUCCAAGGCGUCUGACAGGGACACUACCAUCGCCGAUGUCGAUCCAAAGAUCGUGAGGUUGGCCGACAAGAAUAUACUGGAAAGAGACGCAUUCGGAAUCAACCAUGCAUAUUUGGACACAACAAUUUUGAGAGUUAUUAGUCAUCCCGACUACAAACCACCGAAAAAGUAUAAUGAUAUAGCCAUAAUAGAAUUAAGGGACGAAGUUAAAUUUAGUAAUUACGUGCAUCCGGCAUGCCUUUACACUGGUUCUGAUACGGAAUUAGUUGGGAAAAAAGCUACGAUGACUGGAUGGGGAGUUGUGGAAACAGUUAAUCACACACUAUCUCCUGAACUUCAAGUGGUGGUACUGGACGUGCUAAAUUCCCAACUGUGCGAUGAUUUGUUGAGGCCGUCGUGCAACAGGCUCUGGUGUGGGAUGCAGGAACAUCAGAUCUGUGCAGGAGUCUUAGCGGGAGGCGUUGAUGCUUGCCAGGGUGACUCCGGUGGUCCGUUACAAAUUGAGAUGGUUCUUCCACAGAGAGGAGACUCUUGCAAUGUUGAUCACUCCUGUAGGCGGAUGCAUCAAGUGAUCGGAGUGACGUCAUUCGGUGUCGGCUGCGCCCUAGCCAACCUGCCCGGCAUCUACACCAGGGUCUCCACUUACCUCGACUGGAUCGAAGGCAUCGUCUGGAAAUAAAUAAAUACAAGACUGUA